AUGCCUCUCACCGAACUCUCACAACAUGCAAUCACAAACGUCGGGCCGCUGACAACAAUAUUUACUGCGCCUAGUUCAUGCGCUACCUCAUCCCCGGGCCUCUGGCUGGCCGCAGAAUCCGUCUUGACAGACCGCGUCCAACCUUUCUUCCGUCAGAAAUGCGAAGGUUCGGCAUACGGCGAGUGUUUCCCCUCCGGCACCGUCUUCGAUCAGAUCCAUUCAGCGGCCACUGCCACCGUUGACGCGGGCACCAUUGCCUACUUCUCGCCCGCAAGCGUCUGUCCUGAUCAGUACACGACAGCUGGUGUCGCUGCAAAGAAUGCCGAGGGCACGAUCAGCUCGUCUGGAGUCUUUGUCCCGCCUAUCGUCAGCGUGCCGUUUGGGUCCGGGUACAUGAGUGACAGGCUGGCGUAUAACCCCAUCGUCAACGUUCUUAUGGAGGCUCUCGAAAUUAAUGAGACUGCGGUCAUUUGCUGUCCCGAUGGCUAUACUGUAGGGUUCAACGGAGAGUGCUUCUCGCAAGUUCCAGAGUCUGUGUACGGCGCAAUGACGGCGUGUCAGCGGCUCGUUGGCAAUGUGACCAUGGCGCAAGCGACCUUCACCUACAACAAUACCGUCGUCUCCGGAGCUGUAUACUCGUACACACCCACCAGCUACAACAUCAGGACUAGCACGCGGACCUUUACCAAUGCCCAGGCUGAUGGUUGGAUACCGGUCGCUUCGAGACCCGCAGUGACAAUGAUUUAUAACGCGGCUGCGCAGACCGGGACCAGCAGCGCAGGUGGAAGCGGCACGACGGCUGCUAGCGGGUCUUCGGCUCCGACGGGGACGGGGGCGUCUAGUGCGGCUCACGGCCUCCGAAUGACGACUGCGGGGGGUAAUGUAGGAAUACUGGCGACGGUAUGGGCUUUUGCCGCGCUUGCUGGUGUUGCCUUGGCGAUGCCUCUGUGA